GGAAGGUGGGGCCGCCGGGUGGAGGGAGCGGGCCACAACCUGUGGAUUGGGCUGCAGUGAACUGCGCGGGGUGCAGCGAGCGUCCGGGGUCUUUGCCAUGGGGCAGAUCGAGUGGGCCAUGUGGGCCAACGAGCAGGCACUGGCGUCGGGCCUGAUUCUCAUCACGGGAGGCAUUGUGGCCACUGCCGGGCGCUUCGUGCAGUGGUACUUUGGCGCCUACUCCAUCGCCGCAGGAGUGUUCAUCUGCCUGCUUGAAUACCCCCGGGGAAAGAGGAGAAAGGGCUCCACCAUGGAGCGCUGCGGACAGAAGUACAUGACCGCAGUGGUGAAACUGUUUGGGCCUCUUACCAGGAACUACUACAUCCGGGCAGUCCUCCACCUCCUGCUCUCAGUGCCCGCAGGCUUCCUGCUGGCUACCAUCCUAGGCACCGUCUGUUUGGUCAUUGCAAGCGCCAUCUACCUGCUGGCUGCCAUCCGAGGUGAGCAGUGGACCCCCAUUGAGCAGAAGCCCAAGGAGCGGCCACAGGUUGGAGGCACCAUCAAGCAACCCCCCACCAACCCCCCACCCCGGCCACCUGCAGAGGUUCGGAAGAAGCCCAGUGAAGGGGAGGAGGCCGGAGCAGCAGCUGGGGGCCCUCAAAUCAACCCCAUCCCGGUGACCGAUGAGGUGGUGUGACCUUGGGCAGGCUUCCCAUGGCUCCAGCUGGCGCUUCCCUCAGGUGGCCACCAGGGGGUGGCGAUGCUCACUGCAAUAAACAAGUAAAUGGC